CUUGCUUCUCACCACCAUCCAUUUCAAGAGCUGCACCAGAAACGCACAAUCAUGCCCCCCACUCGCACCACCAGAUCCUCUGGAGCUCCCAAGCUCAAGCAAGCGAAGCUGAGCUUCAACGCCUCCAAGCGUGGCGCAUCUGCGAACACCGCAAAGCCCGCCAAGACCUCCGUCGCUCGCACCAGCUCUACCCCCGUCCUCUCUAGGCGGGCCUCCUCUUCCAGCUCAAGCAUCAGUGCCGACAGCAGUAGCAGCGAUCAUACAGACGAUGAAGAUGACAUUGAGGUUGUGGAGGCUCCUCGCAAGUCGACGAGGCGACUACCCCUAGCCAAAGCUGUCAUAGACGUCGAUGCUGAGGCCGAGCCUCUCGACGUGAAGGACCCACGGUGGAACCGAGCUCACAAGGAAGCGAAAGAGCUGCGCGGCACACCGCUCGUUCACGCCGAAGGGCAGAACAAGGUGCACGAUAUCUUGAGGGUCUUCGAUAUGACCUAUAAGUACGGCCCGUACGUCGGCGUCACCCGCCUAGAGCGCUGGGAGCGCGCUAAUAACCUUGGUCUCAAUCCCCCUCCCGAGAUUCGAGACAUCCUGCUCACUCGCGAGGGCAGAACACUCGACGAAUAUGCUCAGAGCGCCGUCUUCGGCAAGGGCGAUGUGCUGCAUUGAGCAACCCCCCUGACCUGCUCCUCCUUGCUUUCUGUGCUUCUGCUAUCUUGCUGCUCGUUUGCCUCUUCUGUGCUGUACCUGUCCCUUCUUCCCCUUGUAUCCUUGGACUUUCUGUAUCGCUUGAGUUGCAAUCGAAAUUACCUGUAUCAUUACCCGCCCUUGUCCAAUAAUAUCAUAACGGCUACUUCUCUUUA